AGAUUAUACCUCCUACACACUGGGGAGGAACAGCAACAACACAGCCUGGAGGCGGGGCCCGCGCCUCUGCCAGGAAGGGACCGGCGGGCUCGAGCUGUCAAUCAGAAUCCCCGCCCCCGAGACGCCCAGAGGGCGGAGCCGCACGCCUCAAAGCUGGGAUCCGGAAGUCAGAGCCCAGCGGCGCAAGCGCAGCUCCUGGGCCAACUGUGUUGUGAUAGCCUUUCCUUUCUGAUCUCCGCCGGAAGUGGAGAAAAUAAAAAGCCAGGUAAAAGUUCCAAAGGAUGCAAGAAGCCUGCAAAACAGAAUGGGAAGAAAUCAGCCUCCAAAGUGCCUUCUGCUCCCCAGUUUGUUCAUUCCAGUGAUCAUGCCAAUUGGGAGGCAGAAUUAAAGAAGAAGAGGGUUGAGGAUAUGAGGGAAAAACAGAAGAUUGCCCGGGAGCAAGAGAAACACAGACGUAGGACCAUCGAAAGUUACUGUCAGGAUGUCCUGAGACGCCAGGAGGAGUUUGAGCACAAGGAGGAAGUUAUGCAGGAAUUAAAUAUGUUUCCUCAACUGGAUGAUGAGGCCACAAGAAAGGCUUAUUAUAAGGAGUUCUGUAAGGUGGUGGAAUACUCUGAUGUAAUUCUGGAAGUCUUGGAUGCAAGGGACCCGUUGGGCUGCCGGUGCUUCCAAAUGGAGGAGGCUGUCCUACGGGCAGAAGGCAAUAAGAAGCUGGUCUUAGUGUUGAACAAGAUUGACCUUGUCCCCAAGGAAAUUGUGGAGAAGUGGCUGAAUUACCUACGAAACGAGCUGCCAACUGUGGCUUUCAAGGCUAGCACUCAGCAUCAGGUCAAAAACCUGAUUUAUAUAUGCAUACAAGAACUGGGGUACAGGCUAGAGGUGUGAGGGUGAGAGGAUUCACCAGAGACAGUGGGGAGCAGAACAGGCGGAU